CCGCCCCGAAGCCCAAAGACAGAGAGAUUCGAAGCGUUGCUCGUCUGCCAAACUCAGGGAGUCAGUAACCAUCAGGGAUCGGAUCGCGAAGUUACAAUCGUCGAUACUUUUCUUACUUAGUUAGCUAAUCUUUACUUAAUUUCCGAAUAGCAAGGGGUGACGAUUACAAGUAAAAGAGGAGAGUUGCCAUGAUAGGAAGUGCUCGUGUUCGGCUGAACCGGUGGCAGCAGGCAGCCGUUGCGGUUGGCUCGGCUGUGGGCGCAUUGCUGGACCCAAGAAGAGCUGACCUCAUAGCAGCUCUUGGAGAGACAACUGGGAAGCCUGCAUUUGAAAGAGUUCUUGAAAGAAUGAAGAAGAGCCCUGAAGGCAGGGCUGUACUAUUGGAGCAACCCCGUGUAAUAUCUGUAAAAGUGGGUCAUGCUUGGGAUCUACCAGAAAACACAUUUGGUGCGGCCUAUGCAAAGUUCAUGGGGUCCAGGAACUUCUCCCCAGAUGAUCGACCGCCAGUGCGGUUCAUGGAAACGGACGAGCUUGCAUACGUGGCCAUGAGGGCUCGCGAGGUGCACGACUUCUGGCACACCCUUUUUGGCCUUCCAACGAACUUGAUGGGUGAAUCGGCACUCAAGGUAAUAGAGUUUGAGCAAAUGUACCUUCCCAUGUGCCUGAUGUCCGUUAUAGGGGGGUCGGCCAGAUUCAGUGAGAAGCAAAGAAAAUUGUUCUUUCAACACUACUUUCCUUGGGCCAUCCAAGCCGGAAUGCAGUGCACAGAUCUCAUGUGUAUAUAUUAUGAGCAGCACUUUCAUGAGGACUUGGAGGAUGUUCGGAGAAAAUGGGGCAUAAUUCCUGCUCCUGCUGUUCCUAAACAAACCCGAGCAGCUUAAUCUGGUAUGCGAGAGAAACUGUAGAUUUCUUGAGCACAUGAACUGGUUAAGAGACUUAAUUUUGUUUGAACACAUCGAGAAUUACCGUAUGAUUUCAAUCUGCAGAAAUUGAAUAUCGUGGGACAAGAUAACUCAUGUAAAUUAUGUCCAGUCCUUGCCAGCACGUCUAAUCAUUUCAUAGUUGGAUCUUUUAUUCCUGAGAAACCAAUUUGAUUUGUUGUAUUGCCUCUGAAACUGGUUAGUCAAAAUUGUAUUUCCGUCACAAAUAGUGGUUUUCUAUUUUUUCCUUUC